GGACUUUCACAUUAUAAAGAAUUUUAUAUGCUCAAAUUAAAGGAUGAAAAAUGUUCCCCCAUGUACAUAAUAAAUUGGCAAAAAUGGUUAUAUUUGAGGGUGGACUAAGGAACUCCAGGAAAGAGGUUGGCAAACCAGGCACAUGUUCUUGACUAUUGCAAAGUAGUCGCGGGGGAUACAUGUAUACUUUUGGGCAGGAUUGUGCCGCGGUCCUAUCAACAUGCAGCAAAGUGACUUUGGGGACAGUAGGGAGGUGGGCAGGAGCCAGUGAUGAGGGAAUGGCAAUCACAUUUGACCUCUGAUCUGUUUCUUUCCUCCUUCUCCUUGACUUCCCCAUAUAAAUGUUACACGGGCAUUCCCACACUCGGGUACGCACCAACAGAGACUGAUUGGGGGUAACCGUGUCACUUGCUUGGAACGCUGGCACCUCCGCCCUGCAUCCCAGGAGUGAGCAGUGAGUGAGGCUCGCGGCUGGGCCCUGGCUCCGAAUCUUCGGGCUGGGAAGAGACUCCACCAUCUGGGGGCGGCCUGGGGGAGUAGCCUCAGUGUCUUCCUGCUGAUGCAAUCUGCUAAGUCGCGAGUCUCCGCCGCGAGAGGGCGGGUCUGCAAUCCCGCCCGCCACGUGUACUCGCCGCCGCCUCGGGCACUGCCCCAGGUCUUGCCGCAGCCGGAACCGCGCUCUGCAGCCGCAGACCCGGUCCACGCGGUCAGGGGCUGCGACCCUUGGGAUCUGCCCUCCGCUCAGCUCCAGCUUCCCUCGUGGCCGACGGAACAAUGAAGGAUUGCAGUAACGGAUGCUCCGCAGAAGCAAGCAUCAGAGAAGGUACGGGAGAAGGAGGAUCAAAAGAAGUGGUGGGGACUUUUAAGGCUAAAGACCUAAUAGUCACACCAGCUACCAUUUUAAAGGAAAAACCAGACCCCAAUAAUCUGGUUUUUGGAACUGUGUUCACGGAUCACAUGCUGGUGGUGGAGUGGUCCUCAGAGUUUGGAUGGGAGAAACCUCAUAUCAAGCCUCUUCAGAAUCUGUCAUUGCACCCUGGCUCAUCGGCUUUGCACUAUGCAGUGGAAUUAUUUGAAGGAUUGAAGGCAUUUCGAGGAGUAGAUAAUAAAAUUCGACUGUUUCGGCCAAAACUCAACAUGGAUAGAAUGUAUCGAUCUGCUGUGAGGGCAACUCUGCCGGUAUUUGACAAAGAAGAGCUCUUAGAGUGUAUUCAACAGCUUGUGAAAUUGGAUCAAGAAUGGGUCCCAUAUUCAACAUCUGCUAGUCUGUAUAUUCGUCCUACAUUCAUCGGAACUGAGCCUUCUCUUGGAGUCAAGAAGCCUACCAAAGCCCUGCUCUUUGUACUCUUGAGCCCAGUGGGACCUUAUUUUUCAAGUGGAACCUUUAAUCCAGUGUCCCUGUGGGCCAAUCCCAAGUAUGUAAGAGCCUGGGAAGGUGGAACUGGGGACUGCAAGAUGGGAGGGAAUUACGGAUCAUCUCUUUUUGCCCAGUGCGAAGCAGUGGAUAAUGGGUGUCAGCAGGUCCUGUGGCUCUAUGGAAAGGACCAUCAGAUCACUGAAGUGGGAACUAUGAAUCUUUUUCUUUACUGGAUAAAUGAAGAUGGAGAAGAAGAACUGGCAACUCCUCCGCUAGAUGGCAUCAUUCUUCCAGGAGUGACAAGACAGUGCAUUCUGGACCUGGCACAUCAGUGGGGUGAAUUUAAGGUGUCGGAGAGAUACCUCACCAUGGAUGACUUGACAACCGCCCUGGAGGGGAACAGAGUGAGGGAGAUGUUUGGCUCUGGUACAGCCUGUGUUGUUUGCCCAGUUUCUGACAUACUGUACAAAGGCGAGACAAUACACAUUCCGACUAUGGACAACGGUGCUAAGCUGGCAAGCCGCAUCUUGAGCAAAUUAACUGAUAUCCAGUAUGGAAGAGAAGAGAGCGACUGGACAAUUGUGCUAUCCUGAGUGGAAAAUAGAAGAUACCAACUGUAUGCUACCGGGACAGACUGUUGUAUUUGAAUUGUGAUAGAUUUCUUUGGCUACCUGUUAGUACUUGCGCAUAAUGUAGUUUGUAGUGUCAGUGUGUUACAAGAGUGAUUGUUUCUUCAUGCCAGAGAAUAUGAAUUGCAAUCAUCAAAUGGUGUUUCGUAACUUGGUAGUAGUAGCUUACCUUACCUAGAAAAAUAUUAAUGUAAGCCAUAUAACAUGGGAUUUUCCUCAAUGAUUUAGUGCCUCCCUUUGUACUUCACUCAGAUACUAAAAUAGUAGUUUAUUCUUCAAUGUAAGUUACAUUCUGCUCCUCAACCAAAUGCAAUUUGUGUGUGUGUGUUUGAAGGCUAAGUUGAGAACAUUUCAUAGGUUACAUUUCCUGCAGCCUAUCUUUAUCCACAGAAAGUGUUUUCUUUUUUUUCAAUCGAGACUUUUAAAACUGGAUUUCCUCCCAUCACAGUUUUUUGCAGGCCCUCCAAGUCCGUCUUAAGGUAAAUAUCUCUCUUCUUCCUGACGUCACAGCCUGAGCAUACUCAUGCGUUAGGAAGACCUGAGUGCAUUUCCCACCAUUGUCCUUUCCACAUUAUAUUGUAGCUUGCUGUCUGUCAGGCGACUACAAGACUGAGGGUCUUGUGCCUUAUAGAUCUUUGUAUCCCCAGUGGCUGACACAUAGUAGGUACUCAGUAAAUGGUUUUAUAAUGAAUUAAUGAACAUUUUGCUUCUAUAGAAGUGUACCUUCUUUGUUUCUAUAUUAUGAAACUUCUUUAUUAGAAUUUGUGAUUGAUUCUGACACUGUAUAGAUUUACCUUAUAUUGUCUUUAUUUUCCAUGAGCUACUAAGUCAUUAGAGAUACUCUGAAGCAUAGUCAGUUUAGGAAAUAAUUUCAUAUUGACUGUAUUGGAAUUGUCUUGGAAUUAAAGAUAUAUCCCUAGAGCAGGGGACCCCAACCCCCAGGCCACAGGCCACACAGCAGGAGGAAGUGAGUGGUGGGACAACGAGAAGCUUCAUCUGUAUUUACAGCUACUUCCCAUCACUCACAUUACCACCUGAGCUCCCCCUCUUGUCAGGUCAGUGGCAGCAUUAGAUUCUCAUAGGAGCGCAAAUCCUAUUGUGAACUGUGCAUGCAAGGGAUCUAGGCUGUGUGCUCCUUAUGAGAAUCUAAUGCCUGAUGAUCUGAGGUGGAACAGUUUCAUCCUGAAACCACCCUCCACCCUGCAGUCUGGAAAAAUUGUCUCCCACAAAACUGGUCCCUGGUGCCAAAAAGGUUGGGGACCACUGCUGUAGAGAGAGGUCAUGAUAUCAUACCAACCACAUGGAAAUGACAAAUGUUUUGUGUUAAGUGUUAAUUACAGAAAUAAUUUUUUUUUUUUGGUAGAAAACAAAGAGGCAUACUCUGAUUUUUAUACUGUUGUUGCAGGUGCUCUUUUCUUUGAAUGGAGAUUUGAUGAGCAAGUGGUUAGGAUACAGGGAGAGCUACUAUGGGUGAUAUUUUCCGUGUUUAGGAGCUGUGAGUUAAAAUUGUAUCCUUUCUGGUUUAUCUAGGGAAAGUCAAAUCUUGACAGAAAACAUUUUUCCUUGGAAGGUCAACUCUCAGACAUUGUAUUUUGGUUUCCCUCAGUCCUCAUAACUUUCUUCUUGCUGAACAUAUUUUAUUCUCUUUUCAGAGAAGGAAAAAAAAAAGGAUUCUAAAAGUUUGAUGCAUUGGAAAAAUUUCCUUGAGGCAGUUAGCAACGCACAGCAAAUGGGCUUUGAUUCUUUUCCAAAACUUUUAGCCAUAGGGUCUUUUGUACACAGGAAUAGUAAAAUGAAAAUCGAGAAAUAUAAGAUGAAAAGGAAUGGUAAAAAUAUCUUUUAGGGGGCUUUUAAUUGGUGAUCUGAAAUCUUGGGAGAGGCUGUUCUUUUCAGAUCUGAGGUGCUCUUGGCUCGCCUGCACACUGUGUACCCCAAGCAGCAUUCUAAGGGUGUGCUUUCACUUUGGCUAACUCCUUUGACCUCAUUCUUAAUAUAGUAGUCUAGGAAAAAGUUGCAGGUAAUUUAAAAUGUCUAGUGGUACACAGUAACUAAAUUUCUAUUCCUAUGAGAAAUGAGAAUUAUUUAUUUGCCAUGAAUACAUUUUAUACUUUGCAUCUCCACUUUUAUUGUGGCGAGACAUGCCCAUUGUGAAAGUUAGAGAACAUUAUGUGUGUAUCAUUUCUUUCGUAAAACCUUAAGAGCAUUUUUAAGCCCUUUUCAUCAGACCCAGUGAAAACUAAGGAUAGAAUGUUUUUAAAACCUGGAGGUCUCCUGAUACAGAGAACAUGAUCCACCAUUGUCAUUUAAGGAAUAAGACAGGAAAUUGACCUUGACGCUGUCUUGUUAAAUAGAUUUAACAGGAACAUCUGCACAUCUUUUUUCCUUGUGCACUAUUUGUUUAAUUGCAGUGGAUUAAUACAGCAAGAGUGCCACAUUAUAACUAGGCAAUUAUCCAUUCUUCAAGACUUAGUUAUUGUCACACUAAUUGGUCAUUUAAGGCAUAAGAUAGUCUAGCACUGGGAACAUGUGAAGCUAAUCUGCUCAAAAAGAUCAACAAAUUAAUAUUGUUGCUGAUAUUUGCAUAAUUGGCUGCAAUUAUUUAAUGUUUAAUUGGGUUGAUCAAAUGAGAUUCAGCAAUUUACAUGUGCAUUAAUAUAAACAGAACUGGUGGCACUUAAAAUGAUAAUGAUUAACUUAUAUUGCAAUGUUCUCUUCCUUUCUUCACUUUUUUCAGUUUUUACAUUUCAGACCGAAUUUGUCAGCUGUUUUGAAAAUACAUUGGUAGAAACCAAGAUUUUAAAGUGAAGUAUCAAGACAAAGGCAAAACCUGAGCAGUUCCUAAAAAGAUUUGCUGUUAGAAAUUUUCUUUGUGGCGGUCAUUUAUUAAGGAUUCAACUCGUGAUACACCAACAGAAGAGUUGGCUUCAGAGACGUGUUCCCUGCUCUCUAGUACAGGAAUGAAUACAUUUAUAACACCUGCUUUAGACUUUGUUUUCAAAAGCACAAAGGAAAAGUAAAAAGGAAAGAGAAGCAAGUGACUGAGAAGUCUUGUUAGGGAAUCAGGUUUUUUUUCUACCUGGUAAACAUCCUCUAUUCUUUUCUCAAAAGAUUGCUGUAAGAAAAAAAAAAGAGGCAGAGCCAGGCAGCAGCAAGAAAGCAGAGCGUAACAUCAGCUAGAUGGUGACAUGCAAUGUGAGCUCUCUUGAAGACAUGGGAAACCUACAUUAUACACCUUGGGUUAAAAUUCUUCACCAUACUAGUUUUGUUGCUUCAUAAAAUUGUACCUAAGCAAGUGAUCUUGCUUGCCUCAAAUCCAAGCAGUCUUGAACACCUGAAGGCGAUUAAUGAGUAUAUCUUAGUCAAAAGAAUUGUUGGAGCUUUUUAUUAAAGCUGCAGUUUCAGUUCUGCUUUUGGGGAAUUGUGCUAUGCAAGCAGCUGCCAAAAUAAGCUCAUUUAUUUUUUCCAGUCCCACUCACUCAGUGCUCAGUCACUAUAUUCUGUUUCCUUUUUUUUUUUCAACUUGCAUAUUUGGUUUCCCCUUAUGAUUGGGAAAGAUGAAUUUUCAGCAGAAAACAGUAUUUGUUCACUUUCAAAGAGUGAUAGUUUCUAAAACAUUUAGAGCAAUAAGUAUUCAUCAGAGGUACCAAAUGAGGCAGAAGACUUAAGGGUUAGAGAAACCCCUUAUUUCAUGUCUUGAUUCUAAAAUGAUCAAAGGACUUUUCCUUGUAAUGUGGAUUUCUUCUUAUGUGGAUAUGUAAAAACUUCAGUUAUAAGUAGUAAUGCUAGCAGGUAAUUUUAGUGGACAUUUUAUAACAACUGUCACUUUGUUUUGCCACAUGUAGUUUGUUCAGCUGUUUUCCAGAUAUUUCCCCCCAAAAGGAGGCAAAGGGUACCAGCUUUUCAAUGAGCAUUACCUAUUACUUGGCAAAGAUGAUGAAGACUCUAUUAAUAGUUAAUUUGAUAAAUGUUGACAUAACCAACAAUAGAGAUUAGGAAGUUAGUUUUAGGAAAUCAAUGGCAUAUAGACAUUACCCUCAUGGAGUUUGUAUUCUACUACUUGAACUGACUGUAGCUAUAAAAGCAAUAGUUAGAUAGCUGAAUAGUUAGAUCAUAAGCAAGGAAGGCCAGAGUACAUCUCUUAUCAAGAAAUCAAUGAAUAGUUGAUCUCAUUUUUAAAGCAACGUUAUCCUUCUUUAAUUCCUUCCUUUCUUCUAGUGCAAAACUACUUAAUAAGGUUGGUGUUUAGGUUAGUGUUCACACCACGCUCAUCUGGUGUGAAUUACCUCCUCCCUCUUUACUGUUUACUACCAACCUAGUACAUGUGUUGACUGCAUUCUUUUCAAACAAUGUUGAGUUGUCAUGGUGCAUCUAAUAAAUUAACACCACGGAUUACUGCAUCCUUGCUGAUCUUCUUAAAUGCAAAGCCAGAUUAUAUGGACAUAAACAAAGAAAAUGAUCCUAGAGUGAAUUUUUCUAGAAAAUAUCUAUUAUGAACCAUGCUGUUUAAAGUGUUAGCUUGAAGGUGAUGGAUCCAGCUAUUCAGAAAGUAACUUUCAUAUAACCAUUAUUUUGCACAGUAUGAGGUCUUAAAUGUAUUGAAAGAGAUAAAUUUUUAUCAUUACCAAAACCCCUUUUAAAGAUUCAAAGGUGGAAGAAAGUGAUUUAUUUUUCCUCUUAAGCAUACAUAUAUAAAAGACUUCUCAGAUGUUUAAUUUGGGGAGGUUGAUAAUGAAACAUAUCAACAGAGUAUAGUAGUUAUAGCAGUGUUUGUGGAUAAAUAAUUCCCUGGGGUCAGACAUAUAUAAACAUAUUUGCUUUAGUAAAUGAUAAAGGCAUGAAAUCAGUCUAAAAAAUUGAAGUGGAGGGUGAUGGGGGAGAAAAAGAACAGAAUUUGAAGCACCCUUUCAAAUCUGCUGGAUACAAGUAUUGAAGUUUUAAGUCAUCUUAUUUUGUCUGAAAGUGUGUUUUUCAUUCUACAAUAGACCCAAUCAACAAGACCUAUAACUUGAGUUGCAUGAUGUUCAGUUUAUGUAAUCUACUGUUGGGAUGGUAAGAAUUGAUGCAGGCUGUGGUGUAGGAAUGAAUUAAAGUAUAGUUUCACUGGCUUUUCUCUACAUAUCGACCAUCACAAUGGCUAGGUUUCCUGUUGCUCACUAUUGGAUUAUGGAGAAAAUUUUAAUGAAAGGUGAUAUCAGAGGAAGAAUAAGUGGAGGUAGAGAAGAAAGGAAUGAUGGGGGGGGGGGAAACAAAACAUAUUUCUGUGUUAUCCAAAGGAGCUUUUUCCUUAUUCUGUCAAGCACUGAGAUCUUCAGCUUUCAGUGUAGUUGCUAAAAACAAAUUAUGCUGCUAGGUAGUGAUUAAAUAUAGCGAACACUUCAUCAGAUAUUAGAAUUAGGUCACACCAUUGAGGUUAUAAUCUGAGGGUUGUGUUACAUAGAAACCACUUUAGAUUAUUAUCAAUUUGGACUAGACUUUAUUUUAUAAUUGCAUAGUCAGUAAUAUCUAUUGUGUCAUUUUUUCAACCAUUUUAUUCUAAGAUCUGUGAAGCUUCUUGAGGCCAAAUAGAAGAAUAAGUUUAGACGAGAAGUAGAUUGUAACUUUUUUCCCUUGGAGAUACCAUUUACCACUAUCUCCCUAUCCUCAUAGGUGGAAGGUUUACUGAAUUGGAAAUUGGUUGAAUAUUAGUUUUUAACUAAAAUGUGCAAUAACACAUUGCAUUUUCCUCAAACUAGUUUCGUAUGAUCAUUAAAGUCAUUCUCAGGGUUAAGAAAGGAAUGUAAAUAUCUGCCUCAAUUUGUCCUUCACCGGUAAGUUUUUAAAGGGUGCAGAUUUUGAGUCAGGUCUUAAAACUAAGCUCACAAAUCUGGAUGCAUUUCUAAAUUCUGCAAAUGUUUCCUGGGGUGACAACAACAAUGAAUAAUCCCACAAUAUACCUCAGUACCUAAUACAUGGAACUGGGGCUCAACCCACUGUUUUUAAGAAUUUGCACUUAACUUGUGGCUGAGGAAAAAUAAGUAGUCUGAGGAAGCAGUUUUUAAAUUCAAGCUUAUAGUUAGAAACAGAAUAUCAACUUAAUUGUGAAACUGUUAGAACCUGUUCUCUUGCAUCUGAAUCUGAUUGCAAUUGUUAUUGUAAUGAUAAACCCCAGCCAUUGCAAGUCUCAAAUAUCUUAGCUGUGUAGUGAUUCUUGAAAUUCUUUUUAAGAAAAAUUGAGUAGAAGGAAAUAAACACUGUGUAAAUGAGGCUUGGCUUUUAUGAAAGAUCAUUUACAGGCUAUGUUAAAAGGAUUUUAGCUCACUAAAAGUGUAAUAAUGGAAAUGUGGAAAAUAUCGUAGGUAAAGGAAACUACCUCAUUCUCUGAAGGUUUUGCCGAAGCACAAUUAAACAUUCAAGAUGGCUUUGUUACACCAGAGCCAUCUGGUGUGAAGAACUCUAUAUUUGUAUGUUGAGAGGGCAUGGAAUAAUUGUAUUUUGUUGGCAAUAGACACAUUCUUUAUUAUUUGCAGGUUCCUCAUCAAAUCUGUAAUUAUGCACAGUUUCUGUUAUCAAUAAAACAAAAGAAUCCUGUU